AUGUGGCUAAAGCUGAUCUCAGUGGUUGCAGAAUUUUGUUUUUCCCCCUUUUUAGUUGCAGAUGAAGAAACAGCUUCAGACGCCCCUGAGCAGAGGUCUCUCUCCUCUCCAGACCCCCAGCAGCCCACGAGUAUGGUCUCAAUGGUGGAAAAUUCCAGUAUACAAGAGACUGACAAGGAAGAGAAAGAACAUGUCACUCGAGACCCUGACUUGACUACUGAAGCCAGUGCUCAGUACACAGGCCUGGAGAGGAGGAAGAGUGGCAUCCUGCUGCUCACGCUGGUGUCCUUCCUCAUCUUCAUCCUCUUCAUCAUCGUUCAGCUCUUCAUCAUGAAGCUCCGUAAAGCACACAUGAUUUGGAAAAGGGAAAGUGAAAUUUCAGAGCAAACUCUAGAAAGUUAUAGGUCAAGAUCCAACAAUGAAGAAACAUCUUCCCAAGAGAAUAACAAACAGACUUCCCAGUCUAAGCAUUGUAUGAACUACAUCACACAGCUAUACUCAGGAGUCAAAACAAAGAGGAAGGAGAAUGUACAGCGUUGGAAACUAGAAGGCAAACACAGUCGUGUCCCAGAAAGUAUUGUAUAAGUGUUCCCUGCAAUAGAAGAUAGGAUUUCAGAGCAGCCGCAUAAGGCCCUGGAAAGGAACAUAAGUACAGUGGCAUGAAAAAAAUGUCCAUUGAGUAUAAUUCAGGACAGUGUCCACUGAGCCAGAGCAUCAACAUGAGGACCAAACCAUGGACAGAAAGCUCCUCAUUGAAAUACAAACAUAGAAAGAACCUAUUAUAACUGACACUACUUCAGAGUCGGAGAACUCCACUAAGUCUUUUGGAUCAGGGUCAGUAUGACCAGCGAACAUCUGACCUCGAAAGGAGCAGGAGGCAGCAGUCUUUAGAUAUGGGGCUGCAGUGGAACAAUUUAAGUUGGUUUAAAAUCUUCUAUUCAAGAAGAACUUAAGGAUGAGACGUACCCAAAGAAGACCUGAGAUACCAGAGGCCCGCUUUCAAGAAGGCUCUUGGGAGGAAGGUGCCAUAUGGGCAAUAGGGAGAGAUGGAAUGAGAUGGACAUGAAGAUCCAGAGGUCUGCCACUCUCAACACAAGCCCUGAAUUCAACUGCAAGUUUCUUUGGUCUCCUUGAUAACCAUGGGAGGCAACCUGGCAGACAAUUUUUUUAACCUGAUUAUACCAAGACUAAAGCAUGUAAUUAACAGGUUUUAAACUCAUGAGUGGCUUUUGGAACUUCUUUA